GGGCGGCGCCUCCGGCUCCCUCCGGCCGGCCCCGGCCCCCCGCGCUCAAUGGGCCCGGCCCCGCCGACGGCCCUGGGCUCCCGUCUCGGCUCUCCCCGGGGCGCCCCUGCCCCCCGCCCGCCCGCGCACACAUGGAGGCGCCGCCCGGAGGCACCGCGGCGCAGGAGGCGGAAGACGAGCCUCUCCUGCUGGCAGAGCUGAAGCCAGGGCGACCCCAGCAAUAUGACUGGAAGGCGAGCUGUGAGACGUGGAGCGUUGCGUUUUCCCCAGACGGCACCUGGUUUGCCUGGUCUCAGGGUCACUGUAUAGUCAAGCUCAUCCCUUGGCCAUUGGAGGAAGCUGAACUAAGUUGCAAAGCCUCUGAACGCAAGAACCGUGGCGUCAAAGCCGACGUGAAAGGCGGAGGGGGCGCGAAGGAGAAGACGCUGGAAUGUGGCCAGAUUGUGUGGGGGCUGGCCUUCAGCUCCUGGCCUCCGUAUGGCGAUAAGGAGCGGGACGGCCUGCCGGCUCCGGGUCGGUCCUGUCUGAUCCUUGCCACGGGACUCAAUGACGGGCAGAUUAAAGUCUGGGAGGUGCAAACAGGGCGCUUGCUUUUCAGUCUCUCCGGGCACCUGGACGUCGUGAGGGACCUGAGCUUCGCUCCCAAUGGAAGCCUGAUUCUAGUCUCUGCAUCCCGGGACAAGACCCUCCGCAUCUGGGACCUGAGCAGAGAUGGUACGAGUAAGCAGGUCCAGGUGCUGUCUGGCCACACGCAGUGGGUGUACUGCUGCUCCAUCUCCCCUGACUGCAGCAUGCUCUGCUCUGCGGCUGGAGAGAAAUCGGCCUUCCUGUGGAGCAUGCGCUCCUACACCCUCAUCAGGAAACUGGAAGGGCACCAGAGCAGCGUGGUGUCGUGCGACUUCUCCCCCGACUCUGCUCUGCUGGUCACCGCCUCCUACGACACCUGUGUGAUCAUGUGGGACCCCUACACAGGGGAGCAGCUGAGAACGCUUCGCCACGUGCCGCUGCCCCCGGCAUUGGACUAUGGCAGUGACAUCCAUGCCAGCUCCCUGAGGUCCGUGUGCUUCUCUCCGGAAGGCUUGUAUCUUGCUACAGUGGCAGACGACAGACUCCUGAGGAUCUGGGAUUUGGAACUAAGAACUCCAGUGGCAUUUGCACCCAUGACCAAUGGCCUGUGCUGUGUCUACUUCCCACACGGCGGGUUUAUUGCCACAGGGACAAGAGAUGGCCAUGUCCAGUUCUGGAGUGCCCCCAAGGUCCUCUCAUCACUUAAGCACUUGUGCCGUAAAGCUCUCCGCACCUUCCUAACAACGUACCAGGUGCUAGCACUACCCAUUCCCAAGAAAAUGAAAGAGUUCCUCACCUACAGGACCUUUUAAACCCUGUGUAGUACAUGGGGUCCAAAGAAACCUGGAGGUGGCUGGCUUCCUUCCUUCUGAGCUUUGUUCUGGAACGGAGGAGCAGCUGGGGCUAUAAAAUGGUCACAAAGACCCACUAUGUGCUAUGGUUCUAGUGCAAGAGGAUUUCUGUUCCUCUGUUUGGGGCGUAUCUUUGACCAUGUAGGUUAUUUUAAUAAGAGAACCCAGCAAAAACAUGCAGUGGGCUAGUUGAUUGAGCUUUGAAUUUGUUAGAACUCAAUUCUCAGACAAGGAGGGGCAAGAGUUCUAUGCAAGCGAUCCAUCCAUUCAAGCAAUGGCUGUCCAGGGCGUUGGAUUCGGAAGGGCCCUGCCAACAGCAACACAAGCUUCAAUUCUCUCUCGGUGCUUUCACGUCAAGUGCAAUUGCUGAACAUUGUGUGUUAAAAGCUAGAGGGCUCUGAGAAGCCGCCUUCACUGGUAUGGCAAUCCAAACUCAAACCGGCACUUUCAUGAAUGGGAAACUGUGUCCCCUAGUUGAAUUACUAAAUGAGGCAGUGGCUUUCAUGUUUAUUACUUUCUUUGGCCUGGUUCCAAGAUGGCUGAACCUGAACAAGUCUCUGUGUUGUGGGCAAAGACUUCAAAAUAAAAGGUUUGUUUCCCCCUUUUGAAGAGUUAGAGAUGCUCUUCCUAGAGCCAUUUUUUGGGUGACAAAAGUACACGGCCCUGAGGGAGACCCAAAUGUUCAGUUGCAGGGGCCUGGUGUGGAGUGAAAGAUCCCCUUAAUACUAGUGUGGCUGCCAGAAUGAAAUUGGCUUAAUCAGCCCACUUGGCAGAAACACAAGUACUUGUGGUUUGGUUAUGUGGUGUAAGGCAGAUGUCUCCUGUGUGUGUAAUGGAAAGAUGAACACCUUAAGGACAGUGACUGGGGGUCAGGACGUGCUCUACACCAAGCCACCUGCUGGUCUGGUUUUGUGAAAAUGAUUUCAACUUUGGGCAGCUUUUUAAUUUGUAUUGGCAUACACUAAUUGUGGCAGAGCCUGGCUAGUUGGCAUUAUGGGGGAGGCCAAGCAUGAACUUGUGAAUUUUGCAAAUGUGUGUGUGUGUCGGGGGGAGGGAAGGGGCAGAUUUAACAACAACCAAUAACUACCAGAACUGAUUUGUUCACUUAUUUUGACAAGUCUCAUUGGAUAAUUCACCAAUGUACUAUCCCAGUAAAUGUUCUGUGGCCCUGUUUUUAAGAAUGGUGAAUUCUUGGCACUAUAGUCACUUCUUACACUUGGCAGAGAGACAGCAGCUGACAGGGCUCUAUUGUCCUGUUCUUGUGCUGCUUGUUCACUUUCUCUCCAGCCAAAGUACUGCUUUUUGGAGUCUAAUUUCCAGGGAGUUUUCCAGGCAGGGCUAAUGACUCAUGUGUACUGUAUCAAAGAGGGGUGUGUGAGAGAAGCCAUCUCUCAUACACCUGUUUCAUUUGGGCUAGUUUCUGGCAGCAGUAACAGUACAUGCUUUGUCAUAAUUGCUCCAGUCCCCCUUUUUAUAAUUACCCACGUAUAUACUGCUGUGCAACUGGAAGGGCUGUAAGCUACUUCAGAACACAUGGCCAUGACUGACAGGACAGGCUAACAACUUCCCCUUUUUAGAAAGAUUAAAUGUGGAAUCUAGCCCAAAGAGACUAAGCUUUUAAUAUCCUUAAAUCUUGCAAAAAUACCCCCAAACCUUAAGUGCCACUGGACUUUCUGUUAAGGAGCACAAGUGAUAGUAUGGGUUAAUUGGAAGACUGCUGUCCACACCAUGCUGCUGUAAUAGUAAAACAAAGGGGAAAGUGCCCCCUUUGAGUGGCACGCCUCAGAUUGGGUGAAGCUAGGUCUGAUCCAGCAAACCUAAAACCAAUGUGUUCAAGUUCUGAACAAGAGCUCGUUAAAAGAUCACAGCAGCAAAAGGAGCCCUUUCUCUAAUGCUGGGAGCAAGGGUAGUGGGGGGAGGGAGCGUUGUCCCUUUAAACUAGCAGUUUUCUUGAAGAUAGAUCUUGGCCAGCAACUCUGAGCCCCAUAUGUGCACUGAACCUGUCUAGCAGAAAGGGGUGGUGAAAUCCCCAUCUGCACUGAAGAGCAGUCUCAACAAACCAGCCACUUGUUAUACCUCAGUACCACAGCUGACCACCUCAGCAGCACCAUGGGUACAUGGAGCAUCGCUCUCUAAGCUAGUAGAAUGACUGGACCCUAUCACUCACAGCUCUUCAAUUGUGAAUUUCUUCUGCAUUGUAUGUAAAGAGCAUCCUGGGACACAGAUGGGCCCAGUCGAGCAUCCUGAUUGACGAAGUUGAAGAUGGCCUUAAUUUUUACUUGACCACGAUCUGUAGUAUUGCCGUCAUGUACACAGGAGCCGGAGAUGUUUUUACAAACUUCAAGAGGCAAAAUAAAUGUUUCCCUUUCCUACAA